GCUCCUCCCCUUGCUCCUCCCGCUUCCUAUUAGACUAGCCUCUGAGAGGAAACUGAAAGUGAAAUUUAGGGAGCAGGCUUGUGAAAGCCACACUGGGAGCUCACCCGUAGCCCAUGCUGAGGACCCUGCUAAGAUGGCUCUGGAAAAGAUGUGGGAAAAUGUCAUCUGCUCUAUCUGUCUGGACUCCAUGGUGGAGCCUAUGAGUAUCGAAUGUGGCCAUUGCUUCUGCAAGGAAUGCAUUUCUGAGGUCGGGAAAAAUGGUGGCGGUAUAUGUCCCGAGUGCCGGCAACAGUUUCUGCUCAGAAACCUCAGGCCCAUUCGACGUAUAGCCAACAUGGUAGAAGACCUUAAACAAACAGCCGGGGAUGCCAACAAGGACACCCAGGAAGACCGCUGCAUGAAGCAUGGAGAGAAACUUCUAGUGUUCUGUGAGGAAGAUGGGCAGGCCCUUUGCUGGGUGUGUGCCCAGUCUGGGAAACACCUUGACCACACCAAGGUCCCUAUUGAAGAAGCUGCUCGGGUAUACCAGGAGAAGCUCCUCGUGGCUUUAGAAAAACUGAGGAAAGGGAAAGAAUUCGCCGAGAAGCUGGAAAUGGAUCUUGCAAUGCAAAGAACAGACUGGAAGAGAAACGUGGACAUACAAAAGUCGAGGAUUCACUCGGAGUUUGUACAUCAGAAUAGCUUGCUGGCCAAGGAAGAGCAGAGGCAGCUACAGAAACUGGAGAAGGAUGAGAGGGAGCACCUGAAAUUCCUGGGGGAGAAGGAGGCUGAGCUAGCUGAGAAGAACCAGGCCCUGCAGGAGUUGAUCGCAGAGCUGGAGAGGAGGAGCCGGGGCUCCCAGCUGGAGCUACUGCAGGAGGUGACAAUUGUCCUGGAAAGGAGUAGAUCCUUGAACCUGGAAUCAUUAGAUGUUACCUCCCCGGACCUGACAAAUGCAUGCCAUGUGCCAGGGCGGAAGAAGAUGCUGAGGACAUGUUGGGUACAUAUUACUCUGGAUAGAAACACAGCCAACCCAUGGCUCAUUAUCCCAAAGGAUCGGAGACAAGCAAGGAUUGGAGAUAGCCGUCAGAAUGUGUCUGAAAAUGAUGAGAGAUUUAAUAAUUACCCCAUGGUGCUAGGUGCCCAAAGAUUCACCUCUGGGAAGAUGUACUGGGAGGUAGAUGUGACCAGGAAGGAGGCCUGGGAUCUGGGGGUUUGCAGAGAAUCUGUGCGGAGAAAGGGACAUUUUUCACUCAGUCCUGAGAAUGGCUUCUGGACCAUUUGGCUGUGGAAAAAAGACAACUAUGAGGCUGGCACCAACCCCCAGACCACCCUCCACCUUCAGGUGCCUCCAUGCCAAGUUGGGAUCUUUGUAGACUAUGAAGCUGGCAUUGUCUCCUUCUAUAACAUCACUGACCAUGGCUCCCUCAUCUACACCUUCUCGGAGUGUGCCUUUGCUGGACCUCUACGGCCCUUCUUUAAUGUUGGUUUCAAUGAUGAUGGAGGCAAUGCAGCACCUCUAAAGCUCUGCCCACUAAAGAUGUGAUGAUCAGGAGCUGGUGCAUAUUGACAGCACCUUCUGGACACUUGUUACCUCCUCCUUGUCAUGAUCAAGGUCCAAUGACUACUGGAGGCCAUUUCUGGCUACUGUUACUCACUUCCUGUUGGUGUUCCUCAGCCAUGCUCUGCCUUUUUUGACCAUCCAGUUGGAACCAUCCCACACCUUCAUCUCUUUAGAGGAGUCAGGGCCCCAGAAUGAAGGCAUUAGAUGGAGAUAACAGAAAGUCAAUGUCAACUGACUUUCAACAUCAAUAUUCCUAACAUAGGUUCCUUAAUGAUUCCCUCCAGUGAAACAACUCCUCACAAUGGACCAAAUUCAUCUAGCUCAGUCAAAAUCACAUUUCUGCCUCCUUUGUAUGGCCUAUUUUGUUUUCUUUUCUAUAUUUCUUGGCUAUUACCUUUGGCCAGGUAGCUAUUCCUGUAUCUUCCAUGGCUUGCAGAAGGGCUUCCUAGGAAACUAUGUCUCAGUCCUUGUUGAUAAAGCCCAGAAUAUGUGUCUUUAACAUUGUAUAUCUUUUGGUUUGGGUUGGUUUUUCUGGUUGUUGUUGUUGCUGGAGGGGUUUUUUUUAAUUUGUUGUUUUGUUUGUUUGUUUGUUUUCCCUCCCCGGAAUAUCUUCCAGGGUAGUGAAAGUGGUUCAGGAAACAGCUAAAUAUAACAAUGACAGUAUACUUGAUGUCCCCAGUGACAGCCAAAGUCUAGGUGCCAUGCUAGCCUGGUGAGUCUUUGCAGUUGAAUCUCACAAGGAAGGGAAAGUUGUGCUCAGAGGCUGACAGUUGUCAGUUUAUAGGUGUGCUCUUCCCUGGUUCCAUUGCCUUGAAGAAAGUGCAAUUAGUAGCUGAGCUGGAACACAAAUAUAUCCAGAGCUUCAAAAAUGCUGUAAGCAGAUUUAAGAAGGAUGGAUAAAUGCACAAUAAAGAAAAUCCAGGAUGAUUUUUUUAAUUCAGUCAGUAAUUCCAGAGGUUUUUCUAUACACUAUGGAUGGAAACAAUUAUGACCCAGCAGCUGCUAGAAACAAGAAACUGCAGCUGCUCCCUUGUUGUUCCAACUCAAACUGAAGAAGCCUCUCAGCUCUCGCAGUGCAGCCUCACAGAGACCCAUUUCAACACAGAACUUUGAUGACUAAAGGUUAACCUGGGGUGGUGUGAAAGGAUCCUGGUGUGGGCAACUAGGAUGAAAAAUGUCCAGUUGGUGCAACAGGUCAGAAUAUUGAAGCUUACUACUGAAGACUUAACAGGAGAGAAAUGCCUACCUCAGAAAGCUGUAAGAAUCAUUGAGCUAGCUGGCUAGGAGGAUGGGCAGAGGACUAUAGACAUUCUCUAGCCUCAAGUGAAGACUUUGUGGUACCCAAUGAAGAGGCCUGGGAGUAGAACAAGAAGAGUUUCAACAGCUGGGCCAGAAGAAAACAUCUGUAUUUCUUUCAUUCCAAAACAUGUUUAACAGUGCUGUUCCUUUUUAUUAUCCAUUCUUAAGAAAGACACUUAUGGGUUUUGUUUGUAUUAAAAGAACAUUUUGCACCCCC